GACAGUUGGAAAAUCAUGGGCAAGCCAAGAGGUCUGCGAACAGCCAGAAAGCAUGUGAACCACCGUCGUGACCAACGUUGGGCCGACAAGGACUACAAGAAGGCUCACUUGGGCACAAGAUGGAAGGCUAAUCCUUUCGGCGGUGCCUCGCACGCCAAAGGCAUUGUGCUCGAGAAAGUUGGUGUUGAAGCCAAACAGCCCAACUCUGCCAUUCGCAAGUGCGUGAGAGUGCAGCUCAUCAAGAAUGGUAAGAAGAUUACCGCUUUCGUUCCCCGUGACGGUAGCUUGAACUACAUUGAGGAAAACGACGAGGUCUUGGUUGCCGGUUUCGGUCGUAAGGGUCAUGCCGUCGGUGAUAUUCCCGGAGUCCGUUUCAAGGUGGUCAAGGUAGCAAACGUUUCACUGUUGGCUCUAUACAAGGAAAAGAAGGAACGUCCUCGAUCGUAAAUCAUGAUAGAUUUAUCUUUUUCCACGCCAGAGUUAAGGUUUUACAAAUCUAAAUAAAAAGAAAUCUAAAAUACCUAA